ACUUAAUGGGCGGCGGUACUAGAAGCACAAUUAGAGCAUUGAAACGACCCUCGAUUCGAAAGGCAAGUUUGAGGAUCGAUCGCAUUAAUCAUGGGCAAAUACCGUUCCAGAAGCGGAUGUCUUACCUGCAGAGCCCGUCGUGUUAAAUGCGACGAAACGCGUCCUGUCUGCAACGCCUGCAGCAAGAAAAAUCGACCAUGUCAAUGGGAAACGCUCCAUACCAAAUUUAAGGAUUACCAGCCUUCGGAGAGAGCAUCCAGUAAAUCUACUACUGGCGAAGGUGACAGUGAGAAUAUGGAUAUAGAUGGGGCUGAUGACGAGGAAAGCCUGGGUAGUCGGCAUUCUCCUCCGCGGACGAAUGAAGCGCGAGGGAUUGGACGGGCCAUCGCUGCCUCCGCAAGUACGUCACGGUCAAUGAGCGAUCCAUCACCAGACGACUCGAUUGCCAUAAACACACCGGGCUCUCGAUCCCAGAGCGGAAUUUCUGUUGCCAGCCUACUACGGCAUCCUGUGCUGGAGGGUACUCGUCCGUACUCGGAAGAAGCCGUUCCACUCACACAGAGUGAAGCACAGCUCGUACAUCACUACUCAGAGUAUCUUGGCCGCUGGCUCGAUUGCACUGAUGCCACUCGGCAGUUUACAUUAGGAGUACCGGAGAAGGUCAAGUCUUGCCCUGUCCUCUGCCAUGCAGUCUUGUCAUUUGCAGCUCGUCACCAAAGAAAAGAUAAUGUUGCUGAUGCUGCCUACCAACGAUGCAUUGCCCUACUCAUAAACCGAUUGGAUGAGGCGAGUGCUAGCCACGAUGAAAUGUUGUUGUGCGCUAUAGUCAUCUUACGGUUUUAUGAACAACUCAAUGUACCUUCCACCACCGGCUCAGAUGCUGCACGGCAUCUAGCAGGCUCCUCUGCGAUAUUGCGUGCGUCUCAAGGUAAUCACUAUGUAGACCCUUCAGCGCCGACGCUGCGUGAAGCUUCCUUCUGGGUGUAUGUUCGGCAAUGUCUCUACACAGCGACAACCAACCAGCAACCACUUGACGUAGAUUUCUCACUACAGCUGCACCCAACGCCUGGCUCAAUGCAAGAUUCGCAUCCAUUGGCGCGCUUGCGGUUGGAAACUGCGUGGGCCAACCAGAUGACAUGGAAUACAGCCCUGAUUGUCAACUUUUGUUUCGAGACAAACCCUUCACGAGAUCGAAACAGCAGGCUCGCUCGAUGGCGUGAGCUCUGGGACCUCGUCCAAAGCUGGGGUAGGGACCGGCCUGAGGGCUUCAGUCCAAUUUGGCAAGGGCCAGCAGAAGAUAGCUGUUUUUCCCAUAUAUGGUUUACCGCUGAUUGGCAUGCGGUCGCGUUUGGAUUGUAUCACUUCGCCUGUCUCAUGCUUCACAGCUUCAAGCCGGGGCCGCGGUUCGCCAUCCGCAGUGUUGGAAGUCUCUCAAACACAGAUCACCAAAUCUUGGAGCAUGCACGUGCAAUUUGUGGCGCAUGCAAGAGUACACCUGAGACUGUGCAGCUCUCGAUAACCCUGUGUCACACUAUCUUUGUUUGGGGACCGCUAGUGACAGAUCCAAAGGAACGAGACGAAGUCCUACAGCUCCUGUUAGAUUUUGAGAGAUCUCAUGUUUGGCCAACUGCUUGGAUCAGCAAUGCCUUGAAAGAGGAAUGGGGGUUGGACCAGGAUUCGUGUUGAUGAAUCAGGAGGAGCGUAAUUUCAAACAAUACCCUAGAUAUAACAUUC